AUGAGCGCCAAGGCGGGUCUCCUGAGCCACGGCCGGACGGCGCAGCCCCGACGCCCUCCGAGGCAGGGCAGCGAAGAGGCGGGCAGCUCGGCCGCGUCCCCCGGAGGAUGCGCGCCACGGGACAUGCGCGCCACCCCUCGCCGGUGCGCACAGCUGCUCGGGGCGCUGGAGGGCCCGCGUGUCCAGCCCGGCCCCUGCCCUGCCUGGCCCUCGCACCCACUACUUCCACCUUUGCUGUUGGCUCUGAGCUCCAUGGCGCUCUGGUUGACCGUGGUCAUUGCUCUCACCUGCCUUGGCGGCCUUGCCUCCCCGGGACCCGUGCCUUCCUCCAAAGGCCUCACGGAGCUCAUUAAUGAGCUGGUCAACAUUACCCAGAACCAGGCCUCCCUCUGCAAUGGCAGCAUGGUGUGGAGCGUCAACCUGACAGCUGAGACGUACUGUGCAGCCCUGGAAUCCCUGAACGACAUCUCCAACUGCAGCGCCAUCGUAAGGACCCGGAGGAUGCUGACUGCACUCUGCCGUCACAAGCCCUCAGCCGGGCAGGUUUCCCGUGAGCGCAUCCGAGACACCAAAAUUGAAGUGAUCGAGUUGGCAAAAGACCUGCUCAACAAUGUGAGGAAAACUUAUCGCCACGGAGAGUUCAACUGA